GAAAAGGAGGAGCCAGCACCGACACUCACCAUAGAGUUUGUUGUGCAGUUUCCCUAGUCCUCCAGCCUGUAGAGAUGUGACAUAGAGCGUCUCCUGUUUCCGCCGCUCUGACGAGACGAUUAUGCGCAUCUAGUUGAAACGAUGGCGGGAGAGGGUGAAGGAAUGGCAGAGUUAGGAUCUGGAUCACUGAACAGUUCAGGAGGCAGCAGUGGUGAUGUGACUGUAAAGAAAAAAGUACCCGUGAAGUUGGUGAAAUCCCGUUACAUGCAAUAUAAGCCCAAUAUUGUUAAGAAGCCAAAUGUGGAAAAUUCAAUAGUGUCUUCAGCUGGAAAAGCCCAAGACAGAGGAGGAAAUGGCUAUCCUACGCGCAGAUCUGUACUACCACAGAGAUUUAAGGCUCCUUCUGUGAAUGCCAGUGUUGCAGAGGUCAGUCUAUUUUCCAAGGCGGCUUUACAGUCUACAUUGUUGGAAGGCCACAAGUUUAUUCCCCCAGAACUGGACUUCUCAGUUAUUAAUGACAGAUCUCCAAAAUGUUCAUCCACAUCAGAGCAAAAGAAAACCAAACGGAAACCUGCUCCUGUAAAUGGUGUACCAAUAGACAUGAUCGAUAUUUAUGAAUCACAAACAUUGCUGUUCACAUGUUUAACCCAGGAGAUGGAGAAAAACAUUACACUCCUGGAAGAAAAGGCAGAGCACAACCUCUUACUAGCAACCGAGGAAAAGAACCAGCUGCAAGAAAGAGUGCACCAGUCAAAACAUGAUCUCUCACUGACCAGAAGUCAAAUACAGCUGGAUGAUUUGCUGGAAAAGCAGGUUGAAGGUUUAGUACCCUCUUCUGCUGCUAUUAAACUGUUCAAAGACAGCUACUACACAUUUGCAACAGCAGUGGAUUGUACAAGGCAUCGGCUGCCCAUAAAUAAUAUCCAUGUUGCUGGCACACGGCAAAGAUACCUAGAUAAUGUUCAGAAGCAUCUGAGUACCACUAAAUCUCUUCUGGAAGAGGCCAUACCACACUCAUGUGAUGAAAGCAAAGAUUUGAUUUCCCCAAUUAAGAGUUUGGAAGAUAGUGUACUUAAGAUUUAUACAGAGCUUUCAAGGAGUCUACACCAGGUCCUGGAUUUGUCAUAUAAAGUGAACAAAGAAAUGUCUUUGAAGAGUCAGAAGUCAGUGGAAGAAAGCAGUGAAGUGGAUGUCAUGAAGCAGUGGUAUUUUGACUAAGCCAUUGUUUAACUUUGUACUACAAAUGCUCCUUCUAAAUGUGUGCAGCUCAUCUGCGGCGCUGUGUUAAAUUGGAGUAAGAUGUUCAUGUUGCUUGAUAAAAUCUAUAAGGAAGUGGUUUAUAAGUGAUCCACAGAUAACGUUAACAAAUAGUGUGCCAGAAAAAUAUUAUCUGAAUAUAAAUGUUUUGCUGUCUCUACUGUGCACAGAUCUUAAACAUGACAUGAAAACCUUAUUAGUGUAAAGCUGACCAGACAUAUGCAUUUUAAAUUGUAUUUUUUUGUAUUUUUUAUUAAGUUUGACAACAACUGUGCAGUGACUGAACCUAAACAAAUCCACUCCAUUUAUAUUCAGUCGGGUAGGCCCUGCACUGUGUAGUUGUUGGUAAAUCUAAUGAAGAUUGUACGUGUGGCCAGCCUAAUUUUGUUAGAUUGUUGUAUUUUGUUCUAGGGCUAGUUUUCUUAGCUGUCUUUGUGGAUGUCGUAGAUCAUACUCCUACAGUACUUGGGUAGAAGCCUGCUAUACAUGGAUCGGAAUUUGGGUAGUACAGCAGGGAUCGACCAAAUUUCGAUCAAUGUAUGAGCACCCUGGUUGUUCAGAAGUCAAAAUCUGUCUCUCGGGUUUUUUUUUCCCCAUCAAUCAGUGCCACUGGCUAUAGCCAGUAGUAGCACUGCUGGAGGAUUACCCAUCCACAUUAAAUGUGUAGCUAGGGGAAACUGAUUGAUUGAGAUAUAUAUAUAUAUAUAUAUAUAUAU